CUGCUGCUGCAGACUGGAACCCUGCACCACACAGCUCAUCAGUUUGGGUACAGCUGAAGAAAAGGACACAAUGGCUCUGACAAACCCUAUGCCCAUGGGCCCUUGGAAGAUCACCGUCUACGAUCAGGAGUACUUCCAAGGCAGGCGCAUGGAGUUCACCGCCUGCUGCCAGAACAUCAUGGAGUGUGGGAUGGAGAACAUCCGCUCCCUGAAGGUGGAGUGUGGCGCCUGGAUCGGCUAUGAGCACUCCAGCUUCUGUGGCCAGCAGUUUGUGCUGGAGAAGGGCGAUUACCCUCGCUUCGAGGCCUACAGCGGCAGCAACUCCUAUCGCAUUGAGAGGAUGAUUUCCUUCAGGCCCAUCUGCUGUGCUAACCACAAGGAGUCCCGCAUGACCAUCUUUGAGAUGGAGAACAUGAUGGGACGUCAGUUUGAGCUGUGUGACGACUACCCGUCCCUGCAGGCCAUGGGCUGGAUGAACAACGAGGUCGGAUCCAUGCAGAUCCACUGCGGAGCCUUUGUGUGCUAUCAGUACCCUGGAUAUCGCGGCCACCAGUACAUCAUGGAGUGUGACUGCCGCGGAGGAGAGUACAAAUGUUACCGUGAGUUUGGCUCCCACUCCCAGACUCCCCAGAUCCAGUCCAUCAGGAGGAUCCAGCACUGAGAAAGGAGAGGAUUCCCUCACUCCACCUUUUUUCCUUCCCUUUUCCUCUCUUCCUGAUACAUUUCCAUCCCUUCUUUUCUUCUUCCUGUCCCACAACCUCCAACUCCCCCAGCUCUGCUGAUCCGGACGGUCAAAGCAGGACCAAAGGACUGAACUUCAGGUGCUUACUGACGUCAGUGGUUCCCUGCACAUUUGCUUUUAUUUUUGUUUUAAAGGAGACAACAUAAAUAAAGGAAGGCUAUAAGAAAGACAGGCUUUAGGAAUGACAGAUUUGAAAAGAAAUCAGUCAAAAAGAACGGAUGCUCCACCUUGGUGAUGAAAACAUUUCAAAGUUAGUUGCUCUUUUCCUUCUCCUCCACGGAUGAACAACCACCAGUCUGGGUGUCGAUGUGAUAUCAAUGACUGCCUGUGUUUAAGAUAAUAAAUAAAGAAAAUGAGCAAAGAAACAGACAGAUUCAUGACAA